CGACACUUUAUAGACCUUUGUUAUCCCAGACGGUGGGAUAACGUUAUUACAGUGACUUAGAUAUACAUUCAGAUAUAAACUAUGCAUUGUAAAAUAAAAAAGCUAACGCUCACAGCUUUGCCCGUUGGUGUCAGUUGGUGUUUGGUUUCAGGCGAACGUUAGCUUGCUAGCUUGUUAGCUGUGUCGUAUUGCUAACCUAUCUUCAAUCAACGGUCCGUGUAAACAAAAAUGGCAUGUUUAACCUGAAAGUUGGCCAUAUUUGUACUCUCUGUAGGCUAAUUUUGACUUAUAUGAGUAGUGUUGUGACCAUUGGAUAUAGAGAGCACGAAAUGAAAGGGAUUGCCUCUAUUGUGGACCUUUUUGUUUUCGAUCCCAAGUCCCCUACAUCUUCCAAAUCGACCCAAAAUGUAUCAAAAUCAGUUCACAGAGAGUACACAUAUGGACAUGUUCUGUUUUAAACUGCCAUUUGUAAUGCUGUAUAUGCCAGAAAUGGACUCGGCAUCCUCAACAACCCCCAUAACCACUCCAAAUGGCACAAUAAAUGUUUUAACUAUUGUCUCCAUAGGCUAUAAUGGUAAGUAAUGCUAAUGUGUGUAACAGCUAUUAGCUUACGUUGGUUACUAUACUUUUUCAAUACAUUUUGUAAAUUGUUUACGCCGCUUUUUACUCAUAACUCAUUUAUUACGCAGUGUACUAGUAGGUUAAACCGGUUAUAAUAAACACAGACGUUUCGAAAUAAACGCAUUAAUAUGUCACUUGUGGUUGUCAACUUGUCAUACACUGUGUAUAUAUAUAAAGGUGUUUGUUUGAGUAAACAAUGUCAUUUUUAAAUGGAGUUGUGUGAGCUCUGCAUGACUGUAUCUUAAUGCACUGCCACAUUAAAUACCUAGCUGCCACUUAUGUGUUUAGAUGUUGAUUUGUAAUUUUUACUUUUUUUAAGACUGAUUGAUUCACUUAAAAAGAAUCACUAGGUUAUCUGUAAUCCCACAAUACCAUUCUUCCCUGGCUAAGUCACACAGCACUUCCUCUCAGACUGUGGGUAUGCAUCCAUGUCCUUUCAUUGGAUUGCAGACCUUAUUGCUCAGCCUUGAAAAAUGCAGUGUAUUUUCCCCAUCUGUGAUACUAAUCUUAACAUAGAGGUAUGUGAGAAGCUCAACUCUGACUGGGUAGGAAAACAUCUGGGUUUAGACUGUUGGCUAACUCAACAGUCAUUUGAAGAUGUUUGUUCUUCAACCUGAGAUACACUAAUAUUGAAUCAGCCAGCCUUUUGUUGACUCUCUCUGUGUCACAGCUCAGAACAGAUGACUGUGGUAGUUAAGGCCAUGCUAUGCAGGAGGCCUCUGGUAUCCAGGCAGCUUAAAUAAGGUUCCUUUCUCCGUCUAAAUCCUGCCCUGAAUGUUUAUUAUCAUGCUGCUAAAUUGCUGUAAGGCCUGCUAAAUUAGGUUCAAAAUUAUAACCAGUAUAUCCAGUUGAUAUCAGAAUUAUUGUGCAGCGUAUUUAUUGUAUUGCACUUAAAUAAACAGAGCCCUGCUUUCACCUCUACAUACCUGCAAUUGUACAACAUGAGGGUCACACCCUACAUACCAGAUCAGGAAUGUAUUGCAAUAUGUAUUGAGAUUUAAAUAAAAUACAGGAAUAUUACCCCUUUAUUUGUAGGCUACAUGUUAAGAAUGAACCACUCAUGCACUUGACAGCACAAUUAUAAUGUUAUAUUACCAGGAUAGAACAUGUUAAACUCAUUCAGACAAUGACAUUUGUAAACGCAUUGGUAUGUGAAUGGAGAUACCACAGCAAAAAGCAGAUGGACCUGCUGUUAGGCUAUGAUCCAACAGAUCAACAGUAUAUCACCUUUCCCCUCUGGACUGUAGUUGCAACAUUAAAGGAAGACAUUCACAGGAUGCAGCUGCUGGGUGUGUCUGCAGUGGGAUGAUAGCUGUCCAAAAGUUAGGGCAUGACAUCUGGAUCACUGGCUGGUGUCUGGCUCUUUAGGAAGGGCUUCAUUUGACACACAGCAGAGCAGGUCAGCAAGCAGGAGAGCAAACCGUUUUUUUGAGCGCAGUGAAGAUGUUGUUUUUGAAAGAACGCUACGAAGAUGCCUGAAGUUCGGGAACUUUCUGAGGCUUUGCCAGAGAUGCCAAUGGACCCAAUCACUGGAGUUGGAGUAGUGGCCUCUAGGAACCGGGCCCCCAGCGGAUAUGAUGUGGUGUCCACCACCACAGACGGCCUGGACGCUGACCUGUGGAAAGACGGCCUCUUCAAAUCCAAGGUGACGCGCUACCUGUGCUUCACCAGGGUCUUCUCGAAAGAAAAUAGCCAUUUAGGCAAUGUUCUGGUGGACAUGAAGCUGAUUGAUAUAAAGGACACUCUGCCUGUUGGAUUCAUCCCCAUCCAGGAGACUGUUGACACUCAGGAGCAGGCCUUCAGGAAGAGGCGACUCUGCAUCAAGUUUAUUCCUCGGGACUCCACAGAGGCGGCCAUCUGUGACAUCCGCAUCCUGGGGCGCUCAAAGCAAGCCCCCCCUCAGUACACCUUCAUAGGAGAGCUCAACAACAUGGGCAUCUGGUACCGCAUGGGGAACGUACCCCGAGCCCAGGACUGCUCUCACACUCCCUCCACCAACAACAUCCAGAAUGUGAACUCCAGUGGACCCGCUCCGGUACCAGCCACUGCUAUGCCCAAACAUAUCUCCAUGACGCUCCCAGCCAGCUUCAGAGGGAAGAACACGACCAGACCGGACUACGAGCACCAGAACUCCAACCUGUACGCCAUCUCAGCGAUGGAUGGAGUGCCUUUCAUCAUCUCGGAUAAGUUUGCCUGUGCCUCGUCUGACCUGCAGCAGGUGGACCUGAUGGGCAUCACCAUCAAGUCACUGGCUGAGAUCGAGAAAGAGUAUGACUACAGUUUCCGCACAGAGCACAGUGCAGCGGCCCGGCUCCCCCCCAGCCCCACCAGGACCACCCUGAGCUCGGAGGCCUGAGGAUCCACACCGUCUUUGUUUUUAAUGUGUACAGGAAGUUAAACUCUGAGGAUCUGCGUCUGAACCCGCUACCAACGACAUUAUGAUGGGAUGGAAUCGCUCAUUGUUGGACGGAACAGAUCCCACUCGUAUGAUGACUUUAAAUACAUUUAUUUCCUCGAGAGAAUCGUGGAGGACUUGUUCCAAACUAAAAGAAAGGAUUACAUUUUCUUCUGAUGGACGGCUCUCUGAAAUCCAGUGAGAGCGGCAUUAUGUCGGCCUUUUGUGUUCAUCAACCCCAAUGCGCUGUGAUUGGCCGAAAUCACGGUAACCCCUCCCAUUAUGUGUGUUGCAAAGACAAAAGGAAAACGCCCCGUGAGUGAUGGGGGACGCCUGUCAUUGCUCGCUACAUAUUACUGUGAUAUACUGGUGUGACGGUGAGAUAGCCUUUCACACCGACACCGUACCACAGAUUUACAUAUAAGUGAAGAACACUUUUUUUCAGUACUUCUACUUUAAAAUACUAUGAACAUAAACACAUUUACAGACGGUAUACUAAGAGGAACACUCGCAGUGUUUCCUCCUUGAUAAAGAGUAGAGCCAGGCAUGAACUAAGUGUUUGAACAAGUUACAUUUAACCAGUUCAUUGAUAGCGCCUGUUACAUUUGACUGUACUGCUAAGUUUUAGUAUUAACUGCAGACCUCGGCAUUAGAAGCAGAAACGUUCACAUGUUACAUCGAAAACACUGCAGCUCGCACUAAAUCUACAAAUGUUGAGUUUAUGGUCAAUACCUUUGUGGAAAAGCCUAGAUGUUAAAGUAUUCAUUUGUUUUUUAUUACCACUACAGACACUGAGGUUUGAUACCCAGGUUUAGUUUCCUCACGUCACUCUUAGCUUCUAUAUGUUACCUUUCUAGGUACACAAGCAAAAAGAUGUUACAAAUUGCAGCUGGUUUUCCAUCAUGCACGAUCAACGGCGAAGAUAAUAACUGUAUUAGACACAUUGAUUACAAGGGGAAAAGCACAGUGCAUCUCUCUCGCUAAUUGAGCUACACUUUGACUUUUAUUGUAGCCUGAGGUCGUUUUAGGAGUCUUAAUCAUUUCAGUUUGAACUCAUUUCCCGUGUCAACUCCAACAUUCAUUAUGACCUAGUGAGAAUCCCAAUUAUUCCAUACAUACAUGCAUUACAUUGUAAUCAUUAUGACCUAGUGAUAAUCCCAAUUAUUCCAUACAUACAUAAAUUACAUUUGAAUCCUUAUAGCCUGAAAAUACUGGAUUUGUUUACCCUAAUAUCAACAGCUGAUAUUAGUUUUGUGAGCAUUAACAUACUGGAGGAUUGUACAGUGUGGUUCAACUCGUCAGUGCCCUCUGGUGGACAAACUGUGAAAUGGAGACACUUGAUGGACCUCACAUGUAUCUGACCUUUCUGUCUUACUUACAGGCAAACAUGCCACGAUGAAACUCUCAAAUAUUGCCCAGAGCCUGGGUUCUCUUGUUUAACAAAUAUAUGUCAUCAUAUAUAUGUUUUUAAUAUGCCUUUUAAUGCAAUCUUUUCGGUGUGUUGUUAAUUUCAGCAGAAACACGGGCUGCUGGUUUUCUGUACUGCAAAUGAAGCUACACUUACUGCACGAAUCACAAGUUACAUAUCGUUUCCGGGUAGGACUUAAUGUGAGCGAGAUGACUUCAAAACAUUAAGACAUGUCCUUUAUGUUAAUGCAGUAUUGUGUUGAGAAGCACCCCGUUGGAUUAUUCACUCCAUUUGUUUCUGCAACGUUACCACAAAUGCUCGGAUUAACUCCUUCUUAUUUUAUAUUUGUGUUCGUCUAAUUUAUUAGUCAUUGCCGCAUUGUGAGCAUUUUGUCCUGAAGGCUUUGUGGUGUUUUCAGAAAUGUUAAAAUUGUCGAUUGCACUGCUCUCACAUGCUCGGUGAUAACGCUCAUUUCUCCGCAGCUCUCUAAGCGUUGUGUCUGCAUUAACAACAGUAACACUCCUGUGUAGUGUGUGUGUGUGUGUGUGUGUGUUAGUGUGCAUGCACGGAGCCAGAGGUUUCAAUAGGAACGUUAUUUUUGUAGGUUAUUGAGAAAACGUCACAGAAUUUUUGUCUUGUAGAUUAUCUUCACUAAACAAUGAACAAAACAGCAUCAGUUAAUUUGUAUUAUAAGGAAGUCGUAUUAAACUAUGAUGAAAGGAA